UUUCGGCUGCUUUCAUACUCUAUUAUUUCGCUUUGGAAUUUCACAUCGUCGACCGCGCGCAGCUAGAAUAAAAAGCGUCGUUGUCUUACUCCAGUGCAGCAGCAGACGCAGUCGAAAGCAGAGCAGCAAACAGCAGCAGAACAGCCAAAAGCUAAUUUCGCGGAUUCAGUUUCCAAUUCGAACCACACUCGAAUCUCAAAAUGACUACAUACUUCAACUACCCCAGCAAGGAGCUUCAGGAGGAGCUGGCCUGCAUUGCCAAGGCUAUUGUGGCCCCAGGCAAGGGCAUUCUCGCCGCCGAUGAGUCCGUCUCGACCAUGGGCAAGCGUCUGCAGGACAUCGGUGUGGAGAACACUGAGGAGAACCGUCGCGCCUACCGUCAGCUGUUGUUCACCUCGGACCCCAAGCUCGCUGAGAACAUUUCGGGUGUGAUUCUGUUCCACGAGACCCUGUACCAGAAGACCGACGAUGGCACUCCCUUCGUUGAUGUGCUGAAGAAGAGGGGCAUCAUUCCCGGCAUCAAGGUCGACAAGGGUGUUGUGCCACUGAUGGGCUCUGAGGAUGAGUGCACCACUCAGGGUUUGGAUGAUUUGGCCGCCCGCUGCGCCCAGUACAAGAAGGACGGCUGCGAUUUCGCCAAGUGGCGUUGCGUCCUGAAGAUUGGCAAGAACACCCCAUCCUACCAGUCGAUCUUGGAGAACGCCAAUGUGCUCGCUCGCUAUGCUUCCAUCUGCCAGUCGCAGCGCAUUGUCCCGAUUGUGGAGCCUGAGGUUCUGCCUGAUGGUGAUCACGAUUUGGACCGCGCCCAGAAGGUCACUGAGACCGUCUUAGCUGCCGUCUACAAGGCUCUGAAUGACCACCAUGUCUACUUGGAGGGUACUCUGCUGAAGCCCAACAUGGUGACUGCUGGCCAGAACAGCAACAAGAAGAACACCCCCGAGGAAAUCGGCCUGGCCACCGUCUUGGCCCUGCGUCGCACUGUGCCCGCCGCUGUUCCCGGUAUUACUUUCCUGUCCGGUGGUCAGUCUGAGGAGGAGGCCUCCGUCAACCUGAGCGCCAUCAACAAAGUUCCUCUGUGCAAGCCAUGGGCCCUGACCUUCUCGUACGGUCGUGCCCUGCAGGCCUCCGUCUUGCGCGCCUGGGGCGGCAAGAAGGACAACAUUGGCUCCGGCCAGAACGAGUUGAUCAAGCGCGCCAAGGCUAAUUCGCUCGCUUGCCAAGGCAAAUACGUGGCCGGCUCGAUUCCCUCGUUUGCGGCAUCAAAAAGCCUGUUUGCUAACGGCGAGGCUGCUGUUGGAAAGUACGUGCCCGGAAGCGCUGGUGGCGGCGCCGGCUCCCUGUUUAUUGCCAACCACGCCUAUUAGGCGCCCGCAGGAGCAUAAUAAUACACAAUAAAAAAAUUAUAAAAAAAACAAUUAAUAAUAUUGCCAAUUUGAACUUGGCAGUUUUGAUUAUUUAUUAUCUAAGUUACAAGCAAGCAAAUCGCUAAAAAGCAUGUGAAAAAUAACCAAAAAAAAAAAAAUUAAGAAACAAACAAAUGAAAUUAUGUUUAUUGAGACGCAAAUUUUUUUUAGUUCUAAGCACAAUGUGUUGAAGUUAUGCAAAUUAUAUUAUUAUUACUGAAAAUACAUAUUUCAAUGUUUCGAUGUGCCAGUAUGUCGUAAAUCGAGUAGCACACUAAUUGAACAACAAUCAAGAACAACAAGAACAACAACAACAUCAACAACAAGAACAUGAAAAAUAACAUCAGUGGGCACAAAAGCAGCAACAACAACAGAUUUGCUUUGAACAUUGAAGUUGUCUCUUUAUCAAUUUUUAUAUAUACAUAUAUUUAAACUUUCUGCAAACGUUUGUACACAAAACAAGAGAAGUAAUACGAAACGCAAUCUUUUUUUAUAAUUAUUAUUAUUAUUAUUAUUAUUACAAAUUAUGAUUAUGAUUAUAAUUAUAAGCAACCAAAAUGACGCAAAUAAACAAACGCAAUACAACAAACAAACAACACAAAAUCUAUGACAAAUACUUACAAAUUAUUGAAGCUGAUAUACAUAUACAUACAUUUUAUUAAAGGUAAACAUUGUUAUUACUUGAAAAAAAAAGAAGAGUAAAAGUAAAAUGGGAAAAGUUAGUUGUGACUCCAAAACUGUAGUACACACAAAACUGUAGGAAGUAGUUGUAAUGCUUUAACUUGCAGACAGCUCUGCUAACUAAACCAACAUAUUGUUAUAAUGCUUAUUGUGGUUAAAUCCUUCUCAAUUACAUUUUCGUUAACUCAGGCAUGUCUUGCAUUACUAAAUACGAGCAUAUGAAGAAGGGAGUGCUUAUAUAGCGAAGCAACAGAAUAGAUCCACUCUUAUAUAUUGAUGUAUAUACAUACACAUAUAUUAUAUAUUUAAACUAUGUGUUGAUCAACUUUAUAUUUCUGCAUAUCGUUGUUAAUUAAAUGAAAAUGAAUUACUUAUCGAAACAACAAUACAAACAAGUUUUAUAGUUCAAAUGCAA